AAAUAAUAAAAAUUCUCUCUUUCUUUGCCAGCCUUAUAAACAAGUGAUUGGUCGCUGAAGCCGUUGGGUCCAGAAUUUUGAUUUCCAACCAAAAUCUUUUCCUUCUUAAUAAACAAUAGUUUACAGAGUUGCUUAUCAUGGCCGGACAGUCGAGGAAAUGGAUGAUUCUGGUGGCAGUUAUUUGGAUUCAAGCAUUCACGGGGACGAAUUUCGAUUUCUCUGCGUAUUCGUCGGAGAUGAAGAGAGUAUUGGGCAUAUCGCAGGUGCAGUUGAAUUAUCUGGCGGUGGCGUCGGAUAUGGGGAAGAUUUUCGGCUGGUCUUCUGGGUUGGCUCUCAUGUAUUUCCCUUUGUGGACGGUGCUCUUCAUGGCUGCUUUCAUGGGACUUGUUGGUUAUGGAAUCCAAUGGCUCGUCGUUUCUAAUCUCAUCUCAUUGCCUUAUAUACUGGUUUUCUUUCUGUGUUUGUUAGCAGGAUGUAGCAUAUGCUGGUUCAACACAGUUUGCUUUGUUCUUUGCAUAAAAAACUUCCCGGCUAACCGAGCACUUGCGUUAUCCCUCACAGUAAGCUACAAUGGUGUAAGUGCAGCCUUGUACGCCCUUGCCGGUGGUGCAUUUAAUGCAUCAUCCAGUUCGCUAUAUCUUCUCCUGAAUUCCCUUGUUCCCCUUAUAGUUUCGAUUGCAGCACUCGUCCCUAUCCUUCGUCAACCCUCGGUGGAUCCUCUUCCUCCUGAGGCAGUCCGCAGUGACUCCAUCAUGUUUCUACUACUGAACAUGCUGGCCGUUUUAACUGGUGUUUAUCUCCUCAUUUUCGGUUCAAACACAUCAGGUACAAGUACAACAGCUCAUCUGCUCCUUGGGGGAGCUAUUUUUCUGCUGAUUUUUCCAUUAUGUGUUCCUGGUGUUGUCUACGCUCGAAGUUGGUUCCAUCACACUGUUCACUCUAGCUUCCACAUAAGCGGAUCGAGCUUCAUUCUUGUGGACGAUGAUGAUCUCGAACUUCAUAAACGACUGCUAAGCCGUGAGGGUAGUUUAAACAAUCUGAAUGGGUCACUGUCACUGAUUGGAUCUUUGAAUGAGGACGAGGCAUACGAAUACAAAUUGAGCAGCCUAAAACUGAGCAUUGAACAAGACAACACGAGAUGUUGUGAGAAAAUGAUGGAAAAAGAUCAACUUGUAAUGCUAGGGGAAGAGCACCUGGCUCAAGUACUUGUUGGGAGAUUGGAUUUUUGGCUCUACUACAUGGCAUAUUUCUGCGGGGGAACAAUCGGGCUUGUGUACAGCAACAAUCUAGGCCAAAUUGCACAAUCACUCGGACACACUUCCACUACUACCUUACUUCUCACUCUUUAUUCAUCAUUCUCCUUCUUUGGCCGCUUGCUUUCAGCUGCACCUGACUACGUCCGCGCGAAAUUUUACUUUGCAAGAACUGGGUGGCUAACCAUUGCCUUGCUACCAACUCCAGUAGCAUUCUUCCUGCUGGCUGCAUUUGACGAUUCAACAGUGGCAUUACGUAUAGGAACGGCAUUAAUCGGGUUGAGUUCAGGGUUCAUAUUUGCUGCCGCGGUUUCUGUUACGUCGGAGCUGUUUGGACCGAAUAGCGUGGGUGUGAAUCACAACAUAUUGAUAACCAAUAUCCCGAUAGGGUCACUGGUUUACGGCGUGCUCGCUGCAAUAAUAUACGAUGGCAACGCUGGGGUAGGGCUGAAACUAAUGUUUUCAACAGAUUCAGUGGUAUGCAUGGGGAGGGAUUGUUAUUUCUUAACGUUUGUGUUGUGGGGUUGCUUAUCGCUGCUUGGCUUAGUUUCUAGUCUGCUCUUAUUCCUGAGAACCAAGCAUGCUUACGACGCUUUUGAACGGAAUCGUGGAUUAGUAGGGCCCGAGAAAGACUUGUUAUCACGUAGCAUAAUAGAGCAGUUGAACUGAUAACAAAUAAAUUAGACUCGUGACUUAUGUUAAUGUACACAGUCAUAUAUGAAUUUUAAUUUUAUUUUA